AUGUCUCUUGUCCCAAUCCCAUUUACUCUGCAGUCUCAACUCUCCUUUCCCCAUUGCAUGCCCCUCUGCAGCCUCACCUUUCCUUUCCCCGUCCCACUUCCCCCUGGAAUUUCACGCUCAUAUCCCAUCCCCCGCUGCAGCUUCACCCCUUGUUUCCCGCUCCCAAUCUCCCCUGCACCCUCACGCCUUGUCUCUCCCACUCCCAACCUCUUCCCCCUUAUGGGUGACGUCAAUGACAAAACCAGGCCGCUCGGGAAGACCGUUCAGGAAGAUACGGAGAGGGUGGAGAGCACGUCCUAUAGCACAGUGAAUGGUGGCGCCAAGAGGAGCCGCAUGACUGAAUUCUCGGAAGGCGCGGCGUUAGAAGCGAAAAAUGCAGCGGAUGAGGCGAUCUGCCUCCUCUACGCCGGCCUCUGCAUUCCGCCGCAGCACGCCGAUAACCCGCUUUGGCGCAACGCAGUGCAAGCCAUCGCACGUGCGGGAAGCAGCUACUUUUCUCCCGAUAGCCGCCACAUCGGUGGCUCCGGAUUGAAGCAGUCUCGGGUAUUGGUCGAGCAGGAGCUGAAGCCCGUUGCAGCGAGCUGGAAGCAGCAUGGCGUCACCCUUGCGAUUGACACGGUGACAGACAAGCGUGGCCGGUCGCAAGCCAACGUGUGGCUUGUCAAUGACUCUGGGCGCGUGUUCAUGGAGAGCAUUGACUGCAGCAUGCACUGCAGUAUGGAGGGCCGCAUUAAGGACGAUUGCAGGAAGGAGGACUGCAGUAUGGAGGCCGAGACAUGUGACUACAUUCGCAGAACCCUACGGGCGAUUGUGGAGAAGGUUGGGCCAGAGAACAUCGUUGCUCUCUGCAUGGACGGCGAGAGUGGCUACGCCGGUGCUUGCCGAGAAUUGAUGCGCGAGUGGCCGCACAUUGAGUAUGUUCCGUCCGCGGUGCAUGCAUUGAAUCGGAUGAUGGAAGACAUAGGGAAGAUGGCAUGGCCCAGGGGGGUGGUUGACAGGACGGAUGAGCUGAUUGGGUUUCUCCGUAUCCACGGCGGCGCGAUACGCUACUGCCUAAAGAGCAUAGGACAGCCCGAUGGCAAGGUGUUGCAAGUGUUGAGGUCGCGAAACGCAAGGUUCGGAGCACAGUACGUUGCUGUGUCUAGCCUUUGUGAGCUUCGGCCGCAGCUGGCGCGGAUGGUGUCGAGCGAAGCAUGGAAGGUGUGGUUUAUAGAGACGAAGCAGAAGGUGAAGGAGGAGGCUGAGGGAUUCGCCGCGUGUGUCGAGGACGCAGCGUGGUGGAAGGCUGCUGAGUUGUUUUCGAAGCUGAUGAAGCUCGUGUAUGUGGUGAUGCAGGCCGUUGAUUCGAGCGCCAAGUCAACGAUGAGCCGUAUGUAUGAUACGAUGCGGCAAUUGACAGAAGAUGUGGAUGAGGUACUGAAGGAGGUAGAUGGGGAGUUGUUGAGUGAAGCGGAGAAGGAUGAAAUUUCGAAGCUUGUGAAGGAGCGGUGGCACGGGAGCUUUGCGUGUACUUUGCUCGUGGUGGGCCAGAUCCUCAAUCCCGCCAACCAGGAUCGCGAGAUUUUCGGUACGGACCCGGAGAUAGCAAGGGCUUUCAAGGCCUACAUCGACAGCCAUUGCAAAUUCCUUGCGCGAAACUGGAAACUUUCGGUCCUGCUGAACAGUAUUUUUAACUUCGCUAGUCAACGAGUGGAGGAAAGGUCUUAUUCGGCCCUGGUGGACGGUUUUUCGGCAUUCGGGGAUUCGAUACGUGGUAGAUUCCACUCGUGUGACGCACGGGCUGAGCGGGAUGCGGUGAAGGAAGGGAAGCUGGGCAUGGUGCAAUGGUGGACCAAUCACGGGUCUGAGCACCCGGUGAUCACGGGCCUUGCAUGCCGACUUCUCUCUCAGCCUGUGUCUGCAGCGACUUGCGAUUGGAACUGGACUGAGUGGGAUUCGGUACGCACUAGCCGGCGGAAGAAGCUGGGUCUCAAAAAGUGCAGCGAUAUGGCAUACAUUGCGCACAACUGGCCGGCGGUGCAAAACAGGGGGGACGGUUCUCGAGAGGGGCUGGAGGUGGCAGCAGAGGAUAGCCUUGACUCUCCCGUCUCUGCGGAGUAUGACGUGGAUGAGGAGUCAGUCGAGGAGGAGGCGGAUGAGGAGGAUGACGAGGAGGACGAGGAGGAGGGGGAGGAGGACGAGGAGGAGGAAGGAGAGGAGGAAGGGGAGGAGGAAGGGGAGGAAUAA